AUGAAUGUGAACAGCAGGAAGUUGCAGGUGAAGAACAAGAACGCGGCGGAGGUGCAGAUAACCGCGGAGCAGCUGAUAAACGAGGCACUGGACCUGGAGGAAGUGGAGCAGAAGGUGAACUACAACCUGAUCGACGAGGAUGAGUUAAACGAAUAUAAGAUAAGUAAGAGAAAGGAAUAUGAGGACAAAAUAAGGAAGAGAAGGUACCUCAUCAGUACGUAUAUAAAGUACGCCCUGUGGGAGGUGAAGCAGAAAGACAUUCGAAGAGCAAGGUCCAUUUUUGAGAGGGCAUUAAAUAUAGACUACACGAAUAUAAAUUUAUGGUUAAAAUAUAUAGAAGUAGAAUUGUUAAAUAAAAAUAUAAACAGCGCAAGGAAUUUGUUCGAAAGAGCAGUUCUGUUGCUACCUAUGGAAAAUAUCUUCUGGAAGAAGUAUGCCCAUUUGGAGGAAAUCCUGAACAAUUUUGUGAACUGUAGAAAUAUAUACGAAAGAUGGGUAAAGUGGAAAAUAGACGAAACGGCAUUUCUGUGUUAUAUAAAUUUUGAGGAAAGAUGUAGGGAAAUUGAUAAGUGUAGAAACAUUUUCGAGAGACUUAUUGUAACGUUACCUAAGAUGGAAUGUUUUUACAGAUUUAUUAAAUUUGAGAGGAAGUAUAAAAACGUGGAUAGAGCUCGGGCAUGUUUCGAAAAGUGCAUCGAAUUAUUACCUCCCUCAUUUUUGGAUGAACAUUUUUAUAUUCAUUUUUGCAAUUUUGAAGAAGAAAAUAAUGAAUAUGAAAGGUGCAGAAAAAUUUAUAUUGAGGCACUUAAAAUAUUGCCAAAAAGUAAGAGUGAAUUUUUGUACAAAAGCUUUUUGCAAUUUCAGAAAAAGUAUGCUGAUAAGGACGAACUGGACGAGACGUUGAUGAUUAAGGAGAGGAUUACUUACGAGGAGGAGAUUAAAAAAAAUCCUUCCGACUAUGACACCUGGUUUAAUUACAUCAAAUUGGAAGAGUCGAAUAUAAAUUUAAUGAAUAAGGACAAGUGUGUUGUCCGAAUUAGGGAGCUAUACGAAAGAGCCAUUAGUGUUAUCCCACCUGUGGCAAAUAAAAAGUUUUGGAAAAGAUAUAUUUACCUGUGGAUUAAUUAUGCCAUCUUUGAGGAACUGCAUGCGGAAAAUGUGCAGAGAGCUAGAGAUGUGUACAGAAAUGUGUUGAAAAUUCUGAAGAAGCAGAAUUUCACCUUUAAAAAAAUUUACCUACUUUAUGCUAAUUUCGAACUCCGGCAGAUGGACAUUCCAAAAGUUCGAUCCAUUUUUAACCGCGCUAUAGAAAGUGUUAAGAAGGAGGAGAUCUUCGAGGAGUACUGCGAGAUGGAACUUCGUCUAGGCAAUAUUAAGGAGUGCCGCGAUAUUUACGCCAAGUACGUCGAGGCCUUCCCCUUUAACUCGAAGGCCUGGAUCUCCAUGAUCAACUUCGAGCUGUCCCUGGACGAGGUGGAGCGGGCUCGGCAAAUCGCAGAAAUUGCCAUCCACUUGGACGACAUGAAGCUCCCCGAGCUGAUCUGGAAAAACUACAUCGAUUUAGAAAUAAACCUGCAGGAGUACGAAAAUGCGAGGAAGUUGUAUGAACGGCUUUUAAAUAUAACCCAGCAUUAUAAGGUCUACAAGAGCUACGCGGAGUUCCAGUACAUCUACUUCGACGAUAUCGCCAAGUGCAGAGAAAUUCUGGAAAACGGAAUCGAGUUUUGCAAGAAGAAUGAGCUUGUCAAUGAAAGGUGCAUUUUGCUGAACUUCCUCUACGAAAUUGAAAAAGACUACGGGGAUAAGGACGUUAUAGAUAAAACGCAGAAACGGUUACCCAAGAAAGUCAAGAAGAGAAAAAUCAUUAAGAAGGAUGACGAUGAAGUAGUGGAGGAGUUCAUCACGUAUGUUUUCCCGGACGACGGCAACCAGUCACAGAACAUGAAGAUAUUUCAGAAGGCCCUCGAGUGGAAGAAGAAAAUGGAGGAAGAGCGGGCGCGGGAAGCGAAGAAGCAGAAGAAGAAAGAAGGCGCAGAUGAAGAUGACGACGAUGAUGACAAUGACGGAGCCGAGGAGAACGACGAAGGGAAGAGUGACACUGAGUAG